GCAAAAAGGUAAAUAAUUCACAAAAAACAAACUUUGCAUCUGCGAAAAAUAAUAGUGUAAAUUUUGCAUCAAAAAAUCUUAAAGAAAGCGAAAAAGUAAAAGUAAGAAAGAAAAAGCAAAAAAAAAAUCAUUAUCUUUCAACUAUCAAACUAAUAUACUCAAUCAAUUCCACACCUAUUCUUAAAUAUGAGCGAGUCAUCUGGUGAAAACGAUAACAAUUCAUACCCUCAAGGCAACGUCCCACAGGAUAAAAACUGGGAAUGGAUUGCAUGUGUUUACGACAUGAAAAGAUCAACUCCUGAAUCUGAAAUUACAUGGAAUCUCUCACCCUCUAUUAUGUUAACACUACCUUCAGAGUAAAAUGUCCAACCCAAAGUAGAUUUAAUUAUUGAAAGCUCAAAGCAGUUCAUUUAUUCUGAAGGCUUGGGAUGGAACUGGCAUAAAUCUUGGAACAUUCCUGAUAUUCAUUGCACACUUGAUAUUAGAGAUCCUCUCACAAACGAAAAGCUCCUUCCUCCUUCUAAGAUUUAUGCUGAAAUUUACGUUGUUAGAGCCGUCAUCAAUUAGAUUCAUACUUUCCACUUGGUUGAUGUUGGUAUUAAGGGAGGUAACAGAUCUGAAUUUGAUAGCUCAAGAUGCGUUUUCACAGGUUUAAAGUUUGAUACAACUUCAUACAAUCAUGAAGGUUCUAAAUUUCACUUAGUCAUUGUCGUGUAUCUUAACUAGAACAAGUUUGAACACCCUAAAAUUUUAGAAUCUCGUAUUUCACCUCCUAUUUUUGUUGAUUCCAGAAAGUCUGCAAGAGAUACUCAACAAUAAAAGGCUUAGAAAUUAAGCUCUUUCAUUGAUCCCUUCUUACCUGAACAAUUGGACAAGAAAUUUGUCAAAAGAGAGAGUAAGAGAAAGUAUAACUAAGAUGAGCCUAUUGACAAUAACGUCGAAGGUCUAAGCAAUUUCUUCAGUGCUCCCAACAUUCGUCACAAAGUGAAGCAUCCUCUUUUCUUGGCUAUUAAAUUCAGCAGCUGUGUUAAAAUUUAUUACAAUAUCAAUAUCAUUCCUUAGAAUAGUAAUCAUGAGAAGUUCGUUGAAGUCAUGCAAAAGUAAUUAAUGGAAGCUUACAACAGAUCUAGUACAAAUACAAAUAUUAAUAUUGAAGAAAAGCCUUUGAUUUUAACCAUAGAACAUACUCUUACAUAAUAAAGCUUCAAACAAAAAAAGAUUAAUGAAUUUUUGGAACCCUUGCACGGUGAUGUUCUUCAUGUUAUGAUUGAUCCUGUCAAUAUUCCUAAAAAUUUCAGAAAACUUGAAGAUAUUGAAGGCGUGAAGGAGGCUUACAAAAAAGUUUAUCCCAAGAUUUCUUAAUAAAAAUUCUCUCAAGGUUGUGAAGAUGAUGAUGAAAGCAGCAGAGGUCAUAAAAAUUCAAAAGUAAAAGUUGAAAAAGAGGGAAAGAAAAAUUACCAAAGUGAUGAUUCAGAUGAUGAAUACUAAGGUGCUAAUCCUAGUAAAAAAAUUAAAGCAAAUGACGAUCAACUUCAAUCUGUUAUAGAUGGCAAAAAACUCUAAAUUAAGAAUCCUGCUCAAUAAUCAGAAAUCGUUCUUAACCAAAGCAACUAAAACACUCAAUAAGCAAAAAGUAUGAUUUUGUAAGGAGCUAAGCCUUAAAAGGAAAAAGUCACUAAAGGUGGUGAAAAGGCUGCUCCUACUAAAUAAGCUGCAGAAGAAACUCCAAAGGCAACUAAGGGUUAAAGAGGUAAAAAAGGCGCCAAAAACGCCCCACCCAAUCCUAGUGAACCUACUUCAAUGCCAUCUUCUUAAAAUCUUGUUUCUUAAUCUCAGUUGCCAACAUAGGUUCCUUCUACCUCACAAUUCCCCUAACAAAGUCUCAACUCAGCUUUACCACCUACUUAAAACAUGAAUGCAAGUGGAAGUCAACCCUCUGCUACAAACCCUAAUAUGCAAUGGUCAUAGCACUCUGCUAAUCCCAACAUCUAGAAACCUCCUCUUAACAAUUCUCAAUAGAUGUAUCCUGGUGCUGAUUUAGCUGCCUAACAAUAAAUUAAACCUGGUACCUUCCCUCAAGCCGGUUAGUAAGGAUUUGGUGUCUAAUAAUAUGGAGCUUAAUAAGGUGCACCAAUAAAUGGAUAAAUUGCUGAUAUUAAUGGUUUUGAUUCAUCUAAGCCAGUUAACUAACCUGGUAUGUAUAAUUAGUAAUAAUAUGGAUAACCAACUCCAGGUAUUUAGGGUGGCUAAUAGUAAUUAAAUGGCAUGUAAGUUCCACCUGCUCGUCCUGGAUAAUAAGUAGCUGGAUAUCCUUAAAAUCAAAUGGGUGCUCACUAGCAAAGUGUUGUUGCUCCUGGCCAAGGCUAAGGAGCUUAUUUAAAUGGAAGUGGUUAAAUUCCUGGAUAAAUUUAAUAACCAGGAAUGGGUGGUGUUGCUUAAAACUAAUACAACCAAAUAAAUAAGCCAGGAUAAGUACCACAACUAGGAUCUAAAGAUAGCUAUGAAGAUCCUACCGUUUAAGCUAGAGGAGCAGCAAAUCCAGCCUCUCUUUAAGGUCAAUUCAAGUAACCUGCUGUUGCUGGCACUAAUGCUACUCACUUAAAUCAAUCUUAGAAUUAUAUGGGCGGUGUAAAUCCUACUGGUGUAGCUGGUCCUUUAAAUGACCCAACUGGUGUUGUUGCAGAUCCUACUGAUCCCACAAAGUAACACCCUCCUCAUUCAUAAUAAGCAUACAAUAUGGGAUAGCCAGGUCUUUAAUAGCAAGGAUCUUAAAUUAAUCAACAAUAUACUCAAUAAUAAUAAUAUCAACAUAUGCAAUAGCGUAAUGGAUCACAAUAACUUGUACAACCAUAAUAGCAAUAAUAACAACAAAAUAGAUUUAUGGCCAACUAAAUUGGUUAACAAAAGGUAUUGACCUAAGGAAACCAAUUCUAUGACCAAUAACAUACCAACCAAUUUAUAUAAAACAAUACAGAAAUGAACCAAUACGGUAACAAUAAUGGUUAUAUAUAAAAUCCUUAAGGAACUUAGUAAUACUAAAUACCAUAAAUGGGAGGCUAAAAUUUCGGCAAUUACUAUGAUGAUGAAGUUCAGUAAUUUGAUUACUAGAAUAACUAAUAUAAUAGAUAUAAUUCUGCCUCACAAGGUCAAUUUUAAUUUGGACAAGGCCAACAAGCUCAAAAUGGUUAGUAUAACAAUUAUUAAAACUACCAAUAGGGACAUUAGAAUUUAAAUAACUAAUACGGUUAUAACUAGAAUGCUCAACAAUAUAAUUUCCAAUAAAACGAUCAAUAAUUCUACUUGAAACAAAAUGUCAAUCCUCAAUUCUCCUAAUACUAUUAGCAACAACAAUAAUAAUAGGUUCAAUAACCUAACUAACAAGACCUCUUAAACUAAGGCAUCUAAUACAACUAAAUGAGAGCUCAUAGCAAUUCAAUUCCUUAAUAAGGAUAUUUCAAGGAGGACGACUAUUAAUGA